AUGGCGACUUGCAUAACAAUGAACACUGGCAACACCAGCUAUAUAUACAACGCCAUUCCCAACAACGCUAUUGUAUCCAUACAACAUACAUGCAUGUUUUCCAAUAACCACAACAAUAACAACAUCAAAAGUUGUAUCGUCUUAGGAUAUGGUAUUGCUUCGCUUGGUGCUCUCAGUGUACAUGCACAUAUUGGCAACAUCGCCAACCGCAUAGCAAUCGAUGAGGAAACAUGCGGGCAGGGUACACGCAAUCGAACAUUCGUACCAAUUCAUCUCCUCCAUUCAGAUAAGUCAAGUCAUGGCAUGGCCAACGAGGUUACAUGCCAACAAGGCUCAAGGGCCAACCAGGUAUUAAAACAUGGUCCAAACACUGACACUGACAACUACUCAAGCAACAGCAACAACAACAGCAACAUCACAACCAAGGAACGAAUGAGCACCAACUCCACCAACGUGAUCUCCACCGCCACCAACACCACCACCACCACCAUCAGCACCACUGACAACUCCAACAACAAUGAAAACAUGGCAAACGAGACCAUUAAUAAUGUUUUGAACUCAUGUACCAUGAUGGAGCCCAUGUACCCAUUCCUAUUGGUUUCAAGUGCCGCAGACAUUAGCUAG